GCACCUUCCCCCAGGGAUCUAAACCAAUUUUCUCACCAUUGCUAAAUGCUGAACUUCCCUUGUACCCUUGCAGACAUCUUCUGCAGCUGAGGCUCUGAAAUACUGGAGGACACUGCAUCUUCCUCAGGGACACAGGCAAGGGAGAGCUGGAGCCUCUGGGGGGCUUGGAAAGGAAUUGUGGUUGGUGGUCGUCUGAGGAACUUACCUUCACCCCAAUGUUGCUCUGAAAGGAGUCGUGUCCAACAGUCAGGUUUGGUAAGAUGCCUCAGGAACAGUACCCACACCGGAGCACCAUGCAGACCUCAGAAGGACCCCAGGUAUACAAAGUGGGGAUUUAUGGCUGGAGGAAGAGGUGCCUCUAUUUCUUUGUGCUGCUCCUAAUGAUUUUAAUCCUGGUGAACCUUGCUAUGACCAUCUGGAUUCUGAAGGUUAUGAACUUCACAAUUGAUGGAAUGGGAAACCUGAGGAUCACAGAAAAGGGGCUGAAGCUUGAAGGAGAUUCAGAAUUCUUGAAACCUCUCUACGCCAAAGAAAUCAGAUCAAGACCAGGCAACCCACUGUACUUCCAGUCCGCCAGAAACGUCACCGUCAACAUCCUCAACGAGAAGACAAAAGUCCUCACUCGCCUUGUAACAGGUCCUCAAGCAGUGGAAGCACACAGCCAAAAAUUUGAGGUGAAAACCCUCUCUGGAAAAUUGCUGUUUUCUGCAGAUGACAAUGAAGUGGUGGUUGGAGCAGAGAGAUUGAGAGUUCUAGGAGCAGAAGGCACAGUGUUCCCUAAAUCUAUAGAAACUCCCAAUGUCAGGGCAGACCCCUUCAAGGAACUAAGGCUGGAGUCGCCCACGCGCGCGCUGGUGAUGGAGGCUCCCAAGGGCAUCGAGAUCAACGCCGAGGCCGGCAGCCUGAAGGCCACGUGCAGGACAGAGCUCAGGCUGGAAUCCAAAGAUGGAGAGAUAACGUUGAAUUCUGCAAAAAUCAAACUACCUAACUUGCCUCAAGGAUCUUCCUCUUCUGCAGGGUCCAGGCAAAAAAUCUACGAGCUCUGUGUGUGUCCCAAUGGGAGGUUGUUCCUGUCUCAGGCAGGCAGCAGCUCCACCUGCCAGAUAAACACGAGCGUCUGCCUUUGAGAGACAAUUUGCAGUGGGGCAUCGCAGGCAGCACAAAAGCCAGUUCUGGUCUCACAGAUCCAGCUGCCAACUAUUUUUACUAGAACACAGAAAGCCUAUCAAAGACUUCUUUUGUGUGUGCGCGCGCGUGUGUGUGAAUAUAUAUAUAAAAAAUAUAUAUAUAAGAUAUAUAUAUAUAUAUCCUCUGUGUAAAACGAUGUUUCAGUACAAGGAAUCCCAGGGUGACCCUGUUACAUUUGUGUAGCAUUUCUCUUUCCCACGCCAAAAUUUACUGGUACAAUCUGCUGAAUUGGAUCUGAUGCUCCCCUGGACCCCUCUGUAUUAAUACAGUGCAAUGAUCACCCCUCGUUUUUGAUCAGGUUCUCAGAGCAAUGGGAUUGCUGGCUGGGCAAGACCCUGGAACCAAUGCAGACCCACUAACAUCCAAAGGGAAGAGAAGCAUCUCUGAUUAUUUCUGCACCAUUAAAUCAGUGGCAUGAAAAAUAAAUAAUUUCAAAAAGAACAAAAUCACUUACAAUGAUCCAAGAAGUUAAAUUACUCUUUAAUUAUUACUUGAAGCAUGGCUCCCUCUUUGGGGAGAUGGAUGCACUUGGGCAGUAGGAAAGUCCAGACCUUCUUGCUAAAAUAAUAAAUGUAAUUUUCUGAAGGGGUUCAACACUUGGCCUGUACAUGGCCAAAGAUGCCUUGUGCUAUUCAGGUGUGACACGUCAGGUCCAACAUUAACCUAAAAUCAUCUCUGUGCUGGCGAAACUGGUGUUGUAUUUAGUUACUGGAAGGAACCAAAUGGUGAAAGUUGGACUAAGUAGAAAAAUCCUGAACCUCUUUUGUUAACAGGUGUCCUGGAUCACCCCGCCAACUCCCCAUCAACACCUUCAGUUUUGAACAUAUUUGGUGUGAAGGUGUGAAGAUUUGAGAUUUGGACAUUGACUAAAUACCUAUAGAAACAGGGAAAAUCAACUGGAAACUGAGAAAAUCAUAAAAUUGAAUGUAUAAUGCAGAUACUACACCAGGAUUUUUGUCAUGUUUCUUUUCAAGAGAUACAGUUCAAGGUCACUUAGAUUUGGUGGAAACUGCAAAUAUCAGAGAUGCUGACAAUCAAAGACUUUUUUUUAAGGAUUUAUAAAGAUUGUGACAAAGCCAGAUUACUGAAAGGAAGGGCUUUGGAUGCUGGUUCCUCUAGAAUUUGAGUCCCCAAAACUCUGUGGUUGAAUCUUAUCAUGGUUGCAUUUUUUCCGUAUUUUAAAGUCUAGGAGUCACGGGCAGGAUAAAACACAAAAAUCUGAUCUGGUAACAUUUCUUCCACUUUUGAAGUUUUAGAAAAUAAUAAGAAGAUCCAGAUCGUUUAAUUCUGACCCAUAAUUUCAUCCACAUGCAUGGAAAAAUCCUUAAAAAAACCAAAUAUACCAAUUACUGCAGAAGUUUUCAAGUCACAGCAAAUCUCACGAGGACAGCAAGGUUUCUAAGCCACUGAGAUGCUUUUGAAAUAUUACCUCAUGUGCAAAUAAGACAGAUCUGUGCCCAUCCCUAGUGAUAUCUAACCAAAGCUGGUAUUCUUCAAGUGAUCUUCAAGAUAAAACAGCUGACAGAAAUCUUUAGAAAUAAUUUAGCCCAUUCCUUUUUUUACAGCUUUUCACGUAUUUUCUUGUGGUCUCGAGAGUACCAGGGUUUGAUUAUUUUUUUUUUAAUUUUUUUUUUUUUUUAAUUAACAAUUCUGGCUCAAUCCAAAACCGAUUGGACUCAAAGAGAAGGUUUCUAUGGAGUUUAGAUUAGAAGUCUUGCUGCCUAACAAAGCAGCACUCCCAAAAAAAUUUAUUCCUGAAAGAGGAUUGAAUUAUUUCCUUUUACUUCAAUAAUGCUUUCUGAUAAAUUAACGCAUUCAAACUAUUUGUUAAUGAAUGAUUCCUGUAAUUAUUAUGUCUUGAAUCAACAUUUGAAUGCAAAGGGUCACCCAGGGUAACAAUUGUAUUGGGACACAGGACUAUACCAUCUCUGUUCAAAGAGGGGAAUUGUGCCUAUGCCUUAAGUCAAUGCACUCAGCAAGGAGAAGCACAUCAUAUUUAUCUUGUUAUUAAAUCUAGUUUAUUUGGGGGGAGGGGCAGGAGGGUGUCUUGGGAACUGGUUGUGCAACUUCAAACAGAUAUUGAUGAAAUACAUUAAGACUGUAGGGGCACCUAGAAUGAUACAGACUUUUUUUUUUUUUUUUUUUUUUUGCCAUGUUAAAUAUAGCAAAAUACUGUGUAUGUUACCUCUGGGACCAUGACUGAAGUCCCAUUCAUAGUCCUACAUUUACUGUAGAAUUUUUUUCCCUGUUUCAUUGAAUUCUCAUCACUAACCUCAUAGCAAGCACGGCCCAAUCCAUAACCAAAUCCUGUGUGAGCAGUUUGAAGAGACGUGCAGGAAGAGUUCCCUGUAAAAGAACCAGAUUAACUUUCCAGCCCUGGGAGCAUUCAGGUGGGUGAGGAAGGCAGGGCUGAACACAGGGACUGGCCCAUCAGGGAUGCUGUGUCCUGAUUUCUGUGCUCUGCUCCGGUGGCUCAAUCCUCAUCCCUCUGCCACCCUCUGGAUGCUCCCAAUUUCCAUCCCAACAAAUUAAUUUUGAGUGGCUGAUUUUCUCAGUUGGGCUCUUGGAUGAGGUUAUCACCUUCUCAUAUCACAGCAGCCACGAAACUGCCAAGGACAUUCAUAUCUUGGCGUGAAUUUCUGCUGGGCAGCUGUUAGGAAAUGACCUUAACAUCUGUGCCAUCACUGCAGAUGCUUCUCUGAGGUGAACAAAGGGUACCUUAAUUAUGUCUACUGAAAUAAAUUCUUCUUGUUUCGAUAUAUUUUACAGCCAUGUUUCCAUCUUAAAAAACAUAAAAUUCUGUGUUGUGUUGAAAUGUGAGGAGUUGUUGUUAGAAAGAAUGAACCCCUGUAGGACUUGUAGAUCAUUUGAACACCACUUGAGUUUUAAGACAGUGGUUUGGGUGAUGCUGCCUGUGCUGGUCAGCAAGUGGCAAACAUAAAUACAGGCUGGGCAGAGAAUGGGUCAGGAAUAUUCCUGAGGAGAAGGACUUGGGUUGUUGCUUGAAGAGAAGCUCAACAUGACCUGAAGUGUACUCACAGCCCAGAAAUCCAAUCCUGUCCUGGGCUGCAUCAAAAGCAGUUGAGGGAGGGGAUUCUGAGCUCCUGUGACACCCCACCUGCAGUGCUGUGCCCAGCUCUGAGGGUCCCAGUGUCAGAAGGACGGGGACACAUUGGGGUGAGUCCAGAGGAGACCACGAAGAUGCUCUGAGGGCUGAGACCCUCUGGGACUGCUGAGGGUGCUCACCUGGAGAAGAGAAGGCUCCAGGGAAUACCUCAGAGCCCCAUCCAGUGCCUAAAGGGGCUCCAAGAGAGCAGGAGAGGAACUUUUUACAAGGGCAGGGAGUAAUAGGACAUGGAAGAAUGGCUUCAAACUGACAGCAGGCAGAGUUAGGUUAAAUAUUAGGAAGAAGCUCUUUGCUGUGAGGGUGGUGAGGCCCUGGCACCUGUUGCCCAGAGAAGCUGUGGAUGGCCCAUCCCUGGAAGUGUUGGAUGUGGCUUGUAGUAGCCUGGUCUAGAGGAAGGUGUCCCUGCCUCUGGUAGGGGGUUGUAACUGGAUGGUCUUUAAGGUUCCUUCCAUCCCAAACCCUAACCCUAACCCAUUCUAGGAUUCUAUGAAAGCAGAGCAAACAGGACUGUGUCUCAGAUCCCAGGGGAAAAUAACAGGCAUUUUGUUUAAAAAGCUGCCUUCAAACACAUGCAGCCAUCUCCCACUCCAAAGUUGGUUGUGGAGUGGCUGACUCUCCUGUUGGACAAGGCAAGGGCAUGAGAGUCCCUUCCCCUCCUGCCUUGCCCAGAAAUCCCUCACAGUAUCUGUGAGGCUGCUUUUCCCUGAAUCUGUUUAAACCAGAGCUUCCCUGACCAGAAUUUCAUCCAUAUGCUCUACCUACCAUUGAUAAAACGCCAGAAACAAACAAGAGUUGUGCAUUUCAUUGUGAAUCGGGCCUGAAGUUUAGUUUGGUUGAGCAUCUCUAUUUGGAAGAUAGGGUUGAUCUCCAAGUGGAGUUUAGAUUGUUUCUGCUGAGAUCAGUGGAAGAGAUGGUGAUGACUUCAUGGGCUGGGCAGGUGACAGCACUGAGGGGACAUUGCCAGCCCUUGGGGUGGCUGUGGGGCUGAACCAGACCCUGCAUUACACCUGUGAGCACUAAAACCCCACCCAAAUGCUAAUCAAGGGACUGUGCCACCGGUGUCAGUGCACCUGGGAAAGCCAUGCAGGAGUCCUUCAUUUGUGUGUGGUGGCUCUUUAUAGAACUGCAGGACCUUGUCCAGCUUGCUGUAAAUGUGACAGUUUAGGAAAGGGUCAGGAGAAUGACAGUCAGUGCUCACCUGUGACUGGAACCUUAUCCAUAUGUAGUGUGUGACCCUUCUGUCAUAGCUGAGGUAGGAUGGUGCUUUUAAAGCAAGACUUUGCCCUUAGCAAAAGCAGAGGUCCUGAUAAUGGCUGUACAUCUGUAUCCAUUCCCCACGUUUCUUUGUGGGUUUUUUGGCUGUUGGUUUGUUUGGGUUUUUUAUUCAUUUUGAAGCAUAUUACCCCAGAGUCAGUGAAAUGGGCAGCUAAAGAGUACAAAGAAAUGUUAACAGUAAAGGAAGUCAUCAGGAGGGGAAGCCAGUAACUACUACAAUAUGUAUAAAGCCUCUCCUCAGUGUUCAUUUUUAGAAAACUGAGUAUGUGCGAGAGUGAUUUGUAUUUGGUUACCUCAGUCAUGUGCUGACAAACAGCUGUGUUCUAGAAGGGUUGUGGGUUUUUUUUGUCCUCUUAUGAUAAAUACCACAUUGCACAAACAAAAAGUUUGAAGGAGUUAUCCUAAAAAUAGAAUCUGCAAUAUAUGGUAUAGCAAAAUGAUGGCUAAAUAAAAAACCCUCCCUAGAAAUUGCUCCAAGGUUGAAGGGAGAUUCCUGUGGAACCUGUGAAGGCUAGCUCACAUCACAACCUGGUGAAAAUCCAUUUUGUUGUCAUCAGAUGCUCACACAUGCACACAAAUAUACACACACACUCAUGUACACUUGUUUACAACAAAAGCCAAUUCUCUUUAUAUUUGUUCUUAUGGCUUUAAGUUUCACAUUGCAAAAGAGAGUGAGACAAAGACCAAAGACUUCAAGAAAUUCAUCCCUCUCUGGUUGCCCUCACACCUGAAAUGCAUUAACUUUAAUGGUGCUUUUUCUGAACUGGGCUGGAAAAAUGCAGGUGUAUCAUAAAGCUGCAUUUGGGAGAAUAAAGUGGCAGGAAGGCUCUAACUUGGUUAACAGGAAGAGGAUGGAAUAAUGUGAAAUGUGUGCAGAGGGAAAGGUUACCUGAAAUUUGAAAUGUGGAGAAACAGCCCAGAGAAAGCUUAAAGACAUCAUCCUGGGCUGAAAGGAUAAAUAAACUGAGUAAAUGGUGCUAGCUGCUCACUCGAGCAUUAGCAGGGCAGGAGCUCCAGUGGCUGCUCAGUGGAGAAGAGUAACUGCUGCAAUGAUUUCAUUUUAGAAGUACCUACAGUAAAAACAUUAAAAACAAACAAACAAACAGAAAAAAAAAAAAAAAGUUAGAGGCUGUGCUCUUUUUUAUGGCUGACAUUUUAAAUUUUGAAAUGUCAUCAUCCAGAAUUCACUCCAGCAAGCGCAGGGUGUGUUCCUGCCAAGCUUUGCCAAGCGCUGCUUUGGUACUUUUUGAAUGUGAAAAUAGCAGCCUUUUUAUUGCCCUGGCUGUUCAGGAACGUGAUCCUGGCAACAGUUCCCUUCUCCUCAUUUUAACCAUUUUUUUUCCUCUGCUCUGAAAUUGCUGUGUAAUGUUUUGGUAGCUGGUGUCCUGCUCUCAAAUCCAGCAGCCCCCAAGCCUGCAUCGUGUCACAUCUCAGUCACACAGAGCCCCAAAACCUGCGUGUAGCAGUGGCAUGACCCUAAAACUGGGGACUUGCAGGUAAAUUCUGCCUGGCAGUUGCUGUGUAUUCACAGCUGAUGUAGCCAAGUUUAUGGCUGUGAGUGCAGCAGGAUUAAACACUGACGUGGUACUGAGGUUAUUCAAGCAAGAGUGGAGUGAAUUAAACAAGGCAGGUAGGAGGGAAGGGGAAGAAAUUGGGAGAGACAUCACCCUAAUCACAGUAAUGCAGUCAACAUCUCUGUCCCUUUGCACUAUUAUACCUUAAAUUAAUAACAUCCAUUUUACUAAAUAUGGUAGCAAUUAUGCUUGAUCUUUUCAUGGAGCUCGGUGGAAUUACUGUCACUGAAACCACUUACAGCUCGGGCUGUUCAAGAUUGCUGGGGUGUUGUUUCCAUCCACAAUAACCACAGUGGCUUGGGGCUUGGAUGGAAAUUGUAGUGAAUAGCUUGUAUUUAGAAAGCUUUUAAGUCUGCUGUGGUUGAGAGGCCCCUGGUUAUGCACAUCCAGCCCUGAGGCUUUAUCAUUUCAGCCUCUCUUGUCUUGCCACUUGAAUUGUAUUGUGCCCUUGUGAAAAGCGACACACGGUAUAAAGAACACAGGAAAAGAUGGAUAUUUAAAGCUGCAGGAUUUUUAUCUGAAAUGAAGAAGGAAAUACAAUCAGAGUGCCCCACUGAGAUUUCCCAUCCAAAUCACACUAAACUAGAGGGGCAAGUCCCUUAAAAAUUAAUUUGCUACAAGUGUCAUUCCUGCAGCAAAGUUAGCACUGGUGUCUCUCACAGGAAAUGUCUCACCUUAUUGCAGCUGGAAGCCCUGUGGUGGCUGGGAUUUUGUGCCACCAGUCAGGAGUGAUGGUUUGCCUCUUCAGAGGAAAUCAGGUUUCCUUUGAGGCAGCCAAUCUCCAUGGAUUGAGCUUUUGUUAGCUUUUAACAGGGAUUAAAGAAUAGGAGGGGUAAGUCCACUGUGAAAUGAUACGUAAUUGUGUGUUUGCCUCAUUUAGUUGGUUGAAACUAUCCACCAGGAAGAGAAAAUAUCAGGAGAAAUUUCUGUGAAAAUGUUACAUUUACAUUGUGCCACCAAAUGCUUCAGAUAAAAACAUGCAGCUUUAGCUAAACUAUCUUUUCUUCUGAGAUUAAAAAGGACUCUUUGGAGCAUCUCAUCGGGUCCUACCCAAAUGGAAAGUUUUACCAUUCCUAACAUAUUUGUCAUUAUAGGAACAGGCUCAUUGCAAAGCACAAGUCAUGUGCAUCUUUGCAUGUAACAGGAAUUUUAAAUUGCAUUGCACUGUUACAUUUUUUCCCCAUUUAAAGGCUUAACCAUUGAUAGGAGAUAGAGCCCCCUGAAAAUGUAGUUCUAAAUGCAUUAUCCUCUUCUAAAGCAAUGUAUGUCCUUUGGUCUUUUAAAAAUUUCCUCAUAAUGGAGUCCUUGAAACAUCUUGAGGCAGGCUCACUCUGGAGAGCAAGAGAGUAAUUAUUUGUGGGUGGUGUUAUUUUUGCUGAAGCUUGGAUUGUAGCUGAAAAAAAAUGUUGGUGUUAGAGCUUCUCCCACACUCCUUUAUCUGCAAACCCCACCAGCCCCCCACACUGGGGCUGGAGCUCUCCAGGGUGGCUGCCUCAGAGCAGGGAAUGAUCCCAAGCACAGCCUGAUGGUUUUGUCUCAGCUGGGUCCUGCUCUGGUCCUGUGCACUCAGAAUCAGCUGUCACAGAGAAUGAGACACUAUGGCAGUUCCAGGGGUUCUGCAGACGGUACAAGAUGAUGUGUAGCUGCAGCCUGAGCGGGGUAAAUGAUGCUGGUGGUUGUUGGGUGCUGUUCUCUCAAGCCUUUGGGGCCACCUUGAGAGCAGCAGCUCCUGAGGGCAGGCACUGCUGGGGGAAUUCACUUCUGUGGGUUAUCAGAGUGAGCAUGGAUGUAAAGAUGAACAAAUACUGUAAAGUAAGAGCGUGCCAGAAACCUCAGGAAGGGCAGAUGUGAGCAAUCACUGUCCACUGUGUUUGUCAGAGAAGGGCUAAAUGGACAGCAUGCACACCUGGGUUCCUCCCUAGGACAGAGCUGUUCCUGAGCUGUGACCCAGACCUCGCUCUGGAUCUGUGGUAGAUUGCAGCAGGGAAAGGAUUGACCUGCUGGAUCUGGAUUUUGCUUGUUUUAUUUUUUCUCCCACCCAAUCUUUGAAUUAGUUUCCCUGUGAGCAAAUGCCAAUAGAGUUGUCAAUAUUCAGCCCCCAAAAAAAAAAGCUCUGUAUAGGUAGAGCCAACAGCAAAACAACAUUCAGUGCUAGUCAAAGCAAACCCUGUUCAUCUACAGCAGCAGCAUAAAAGGCAUGACCCCUGUGCUACAGCAGUUUUCAUCUUUGAUGGGAAAACACCUUGUCUGACCUCUACACUGAAAACCACCAAUGACCUUGAUCGUGUAAACAGGACAAAAUGAAUUUAAAGUCUUAUCACAGUUCUCAUGACAAAAUUCAGAUUUGUUUGGCUUUUUUUUUCUUUUUAAUUUAUGUAUGUGUGUGGUUGUGUGGGAAAAUAAAGCUUUUUUGUAUCAAAUAACAUCAAUCCUUGCACACUCUAUGCAAAAUUUUGUAAGCAUUGCAAUAAUGCUAUGAAUUACACAAGGAACUAUUUUAACUUUAUUACACUUUCUGUAUAAAAAAAAAAAGUUUGUAUUUAAAUGAUUUCA